UGCAGCGGUGGGGCGUGGGAGGAGGCGGGGGGAGCAACAGUAACACCCAGAAGAAGGCACCAAAUUAACAGAAAACGACGACGGAAGCUUGAAAACGACUCCCUCCAAUCCGGUAAAUCCUAAUACGAGUUUUAAAGCGGGUCAUAUCUACGGAUGCAAGAUAAAUUCGAUUUUAGAAACAUACUGCCCCCGCCAAAGCAUGAGAAAGUGACUUACACAAAGGUACUAACCAGAAAACUGUCCGCGGCAAAAAUACAAAGGAGUUGCUCUUAGAAAAAUGUAGAUGCUCUUAGAAAAGAAAAAACGCCAAUGUAUAAUAAUACUGAAAUCUGCAGGAAAUGUCUCUAGAAGGAUAUACUUUUUUAAAAGCUGGUGACCUCCUGAAUGGGGAUGGAAAUUAACUGAGAAGAGGCGGAAGGAAACCUUCUGGGCCGAUGCCACUGUUUUCCUAUCUUGAUUGUGGCGGUUCUUACAGGGGCUUGUCAAUGUGUCAAGACUCAUCGAACUGUUAGACAACCACCAACAUGCCUCUUCACUGGAUCCACUGCCCAGCCCUAUGACUAUAUUAGGUGACACGAAACUGCUCAUCGCUCCUGUCAUCGGGGCCCCUGGCCCAAUGGCUGGCUGAGUCCCCCUCCUCUGGCCUGGUCCCGCCUCUGCUGCCCCUUGUGCUCCGCACUACCUGCCGCCUGGCCACAACCCGAGCUGGAAGGCGGGUGCGCGGGCGGGCGGCGGGCACCAUGCAGGGAGCCUGCCAAAGGCCGUGGGCAGCGCUGCUCUCUGCCGCCCACCUGGCGCUGUGAGGCGCGCGCUACCACCAUGUUCCCCAGCCCUGCGCUCACGCCCACGCCGUUCUCGGUCAAAGACAUCCUGAACCUGGAGCAGCAGCAGCGCAGCCUGGCUGCCGGGGAGCUCUCGGCGCGCCUGGAGUCCACGCUGGCGCCCGCCUCCUGCAUGCUGGCCGCCUUCAAGCCCGAGGCCUACGCGGGGCCCGAGGCCGCUGCGCCCGCCCUCCCGGAGCUCCGCGCCGAGCUGGGCCCCGCGCCCUCGCCCGCCAAGUGUGCUCCUGCCUUCCCAGGCGCCCCCGCCUUCUAUCCGCGUGCCUAUGGCGACCCCGACCCCGCCAAGGACCCUCGAGCUGAUAAGAAAGAGCUGUGCUCACUGCAGAAGGCGGUGGAGCUGGAGAAGCCGGAGGCAGACGGCGCGGAGCGACCCCGGGCGCGACGGCGGAGGAAGCCGCGCGUGCUCUUCUCGCAGGCGCAGGUCUACGAGCUGGAGCGGCGCUUCAAGCAGCAGCGGUACCUGUCAGCGCCCGAGCGCGACCAGCUGGCCAGCGUGCUGAAGCUCACCUCCACGCAGGUCAAGAUCUGGUUCCAGAACCGGCGCUACAAGUGCAAGCGGCAGCGGCAGGACCAGACUCUGGAGCUGGUGGGGCUGCCCCCGCCGCCGCCGCCGCCGGCCCGCAGGAUCGCGGUGCCAGUGCUUGUGCGCGACGGCAAGCCCUGCCUAGGGGACUCGGCGCCCUACGCGCCAGCGUACGGUGUGGGCCUCAACGCCUAUGGCUAUAACGCCUACCCCGCCUACCCGGGUUACGGCAGCGCGGCCUGCAACCCUGGCUACAGCUGCGCCGCUGCUUACCCAGCCGGGCCGCCCCCGGCGCAGUCGGCUACGGCCGCCACCAACAACAACUUCGUGAACUUUGGCGUCGGGGACUUGAACGCGGUGCAGAGCCCCGGGAUCCCGCAGGGCAACUCAGGAGUGUCCACGCUGCACGGUAUCCGAGCCUGGUAGGGAAGGGCCCUACCUGGGGCGCCCCGACCGAUCCCAGCUCUAGAGAGGGACACUGAGUCUCGGGGGAGGGAGGACCCCUGACGUGUCUCCACGUCCCUUGGAUUAUACAUUCACUCCCGCAGGGGCCUCGGAGCUUUUUCCGUCCCCGGCGCCUUUGUCCCCAAGCGCGGGAGAGUUUGUGGCCGCGUUUACAGAGCUUGCGGCGAUUGAUCCCGCAGCCUGGUGCCUUAGCCGUCGCCCCCAGAGUGCCCUCCAAACGCCCACGGGCAUCCCCAACCGGCUGAACAUGGGCCGUUGGGACUGGGAGCCCGGGUGCACCUUUCUUCGAGCCUGGGCCCGGCGCCCGGGCCCUUGCUGCCUUGCCGCCGCCCACCCACCCGUAUUUAUGUUUUUACCUGUUGCUGUAAGAAAUGGGAAUCCCCUUCUCAUUAAAGAGAGUG